CAGGUAGCUUGCUGCUGUUCUGAUCGACCAAGCAAGCUCUCCUUGCGGCUGUCUUUGGGCCGGCGCUGCACACGCCGCUUGUUUGACCUGUCGAGUCACCCCGUGUUAAUCCAGAUUUGGCUGCGCGUCUUUACCUGCUCCGUCACGAUGGCGCCGUCAAUGCGGCCCAGAUAUAGUCGCAUUCCCAAGGAGAAAUUCUCUGUCUACUUUGCACCUCUCAAGGCCCAGCCGUACAACGAGUCAACGACUGGUCGCGGGGUAGCAUCUCACCACAGUCUGCGCUCUAUCGCGUGGAAUCCACUGGGUAGCCUUGUCGCGACGGGGGCUUCCGACAAGACGCUCCGUGUUUGGAAUCCCGAGAAACCCAACGUCCGCUUUUCGACGGAACUCAAGGGUCAUGCGGCGGGAAUCGAAAAGAUAGCAUUCAAUCCGGUCAAGGAUGCGGAGCUGUGCAGCAUCAGCAAUGACGGCGUCGCCAAGCUCUGGGACGUGAGGACAAAAGCCUGUGUAAACGAGGUAAAGGGCCUCGGCAGCGCUCACACCCUUGCAUGGGCCCCUGACGGCUCCUCCCUGCUCGUGGGAAAUAGGCGUGGCGAGCUCUUCCAAAUAUCGCCGACUAAGUCUUCAGUGAUGUCGUCCCACCAGCUCUCGGUUGACGCCAACCAGAUGGCCUUCUGCUGGAGCGGAGACAAAAUCUUCCUCCCGACCAGCGAGGGCAAGAUACGGAUUCUGUCGUAUCCCGAGCUGGAACCGGUCCUUCACGUCAAUCACGCGGUUAAGCCGGGCGAGUCCACCGAGUUCAUGCUCAAAGGGCAUACCGCGUCUUGCCUGACGGUGGAGCUCUCGCCCACGGGGAGGUACCUCGCCACCGGAGGUGCCGAUUCGAUCAUCGCCCUGUUCGACACCAAGGACUGGAUCUGCCAGCGAACCGUCUCCCGCAUGGUUGGGCCAGUGAAGAGCAUAAGUUUCACCUUUGACGGAAGCUAUCUGGUGGGGGCUUGCGAGGAAGGCUCCGGCUUGGAGGUAACCCAUACCGAAACUGGCGAGCAUGUUCACACGUUUAAGACAGCCGGGCCCUGCGAGGCGGUCGCAUGGGCUCCCACCAGAUACUGUCUCGCUUACAGCGAUCUAGGCGUGCUCCGCAUCGUCGAUGCAGACAGGAAGUGAGCUAGCUGCCACAUCC